ACGCGCGGCCGCGCUGUCCGCCUGUCAAUAAAGCUUGAACAAGCGCCGCGCCGGGGCUGCCGUUUUGGGGUUUUUUUUUUGGUUUUUUUUCUUUUUUUUAAUUGUGUGGGAUUUUUUUCAUUUUUCUUUUUUUUUUUUUUUUUCCCCCCCUCCUCCUUUUUUUUUUUCUUUGAAGGAACUUUAUUGUCCCCGCGCGCACGGGGAUGCGCUGAGGCCGCUCCGCCCUGCCCGGCCUCGGCAUGUCGGGCAGCCGCCCGCCGCACCCCGCUGUGCCGCCCGCCGCCACACCGGCCUCCUCCUCCUCCUCUUCCUCAUCAUCCUCCUCCUCCUCCUCCUCUUCGGCGGCCAUGGCGCCCGGCUCGUCCUCCUCGGGCGGCGCAGCGGCGCGGCCCGUGCUGGUGGCGGCCGCCGUGUCGGGGUCGGGCGCGGGGCUGGCCCGCCUGGCGGCGGGGGCGGCUCGGCCCGGCGGCUCCUCCGCGGCGCCGGGGGGCGGCGGCAGGAAGAGGCCGCUGCUUACCCCGCUCUGCAACGGGCUCAUCAAUUCUUACGAGGACAAGAGCAACGACUUCGUGUGCCCCAUCUGUUUUGAUAUGAUUGAGGAAGCCUACAUGACGAAAUGUGGACACAGCUUCUGCUAUAAAUGUAUUCACCAGAGCCUGGAGGACAAUAACAGAUGCCCCAAAUGCAACUAUGUUGUGGACAACAUAGAUCAUCUUUAUCCCAACUUCUUAGUUAAUGAAUUAAUUCUUAAACAGAAGCAAAGAUCUGAGGAGAAAAGACUCAAACUGGACCAUUCAGUGAGUAGCACCAAUGGCCACAGGUGGCAGAUAAUUCAAGAUUUGUUGGGAACUGAUCAAGACAAUCUUGACUUAGCCAAUGUCAACCUGAUGCUGGAGCUGCUGGUGCAGAAGAAGAAGCAGUUGGAAGCAGAGUCCCAUGCUGCCCAAUUGCAGAUCCUUAUGGAAUUUCUUAAAGUUGCCAGGAGAAACAAACGAGAGCAAUUGGAGCAGAUCCAGAAGGAGCUAAGUGUUCUGGAAGAAGAUAUUAAACGAGUAGAGGAGAUGAGCGGCCUGUACUCCCCAGUCAGUGAGGACAGCACGGUGCCACAGUUCGAGGCUCCCUCACCUUCACACAGUAGUAUUAUUGACUCCACCGAGUAUAGCCAGCCUCCAGGCUUCAGUGGCAGUUCUCAGACCAAAAAGCAGCCGUGGUAUAACAGCACGCUGGCCUCGCGACGCAAGCGCCUCACGGCUCACUUUGAGGACCUGGAGCAGUGCUAUUUCUCCACCAGGAUGACUCGUGUCUCGGAUGACAGCAGAACCACCAGCCAGCUGGAUGAGUUCCAGGAGUGUCUGUCCAAGUUCACGCGCUACAAUUCUGUGCGGCCCCUGGCCACGCUGUCCUACGCCAGUGACCUCUACAAUGGCUCCAGCAUAGUAUCCAGUAUUGAGUUCGACCGAGACUGUGACUACUUUGCCAUUGCUGGAGUGACAAAGAAGAUUAAAGUCUAUGAGUAUGGUACAGUCAUUCAGGACGCGGUGGAUAUUCACUACCCUGAGAAUGAAAUGACCUGUAAUUCCAAAAUCAGCUGUAUCAGCUGGAGUAGUUACCACAAGAACCUGCUAGCCAGCAGUGACUAUGAAGGCACCGUCAUCCUUUGGGAUGGAUUCACAGGACAAAGAUCCAAGGUCUACCAGGAGCAUGAGAAAAGGUGCUGGAGCGUUGACUUUAACUUGAUGGACCCUAAGCUAUUGGCUUCAGGCUCUGAUGAUGCCAAAGUGAAACUCUGGUCUACCAACUUGGACAACUCAGUCGCGAGCAUCGAGGCCAAGGCUAACGUGUGUUGUGUCAAAUUCAGCCCAUCUUCUAGGUAUCACCUAGCUUUUGGCUGUGCAGAUCACUGUGUUCACUACUACGACCUUCGCAACACUAAGCAGCCCAUCAUGGUGUUCAAAGGGCAUCGCAAGGCAGUCUCCUACGCAAAAUUUGUGAGCGGGGAAGAAAUCGUCUCUGCGUCAACAGACAGUCAGCUGAAGCUGUGGAACGUAGGGAAGCCUCACUGCUUGCGCUCCUUCAAGGGUCACAUCAACGAGAAGAACUUCGUAGGGCUGGCGUCCAACGGAGACUACAUUGCCUGUGGAAGUGAAAAUAAUUCCCUUUACUUAUACUAUAAGGGCCUCUCAAAGACACUGCUGACGUUCAAGUUUGACACAGUCAAAAGUGUCCUGGACAAGGACCGGAAAGAAGAUGACACAAAUGAGUUUGUGAGCGCUGUGUGCUGGAGGGCACUUCCAGAUGGGGAGUCCAACGUGCUUAUUGCUGCUAACAGUCAGGGUACAAUUAAGGUACUGGAGCUGGUAUGAAGGGUUUUCUCUCAAGGCAUGAGGUACUUGGUCCUGCUGAUAUGCUACAGUAUUCAUCUGGGAACCACAGUGGGACAAGAAACCAAAACCACCUUGAUGUUCCUCCCCAAAACGAUCAUGUUUGGGUUUUUUUCCAUUUAUGGACUUUCUAGGACAUUUUGAGAUACUGGUAACACCAGUGAACUGUGCCAUCAACAUUAACUCCACAGACUUUGCUGGUGGUGGUGGUGGUAUGGUUGUCUAAUUUUUAUGAUAGGAAAACAAAUUCUUUUAAAUAAAAACAAAAAGGAGUAAUAAAAUUUAUUGAGCCACAAGCUGAAGCUGGAAGAUUGUCUUGUUGCAUAAGGGAACGGAUUUACUUGUGAAGGGAGCUUACGGGAGCACACAGGGCUGUCCUCAGUUGCACAUCUCCAGUUACGUUCAUCUGGACUCUUCUUCAUCCUCACUGGAAAAAGAAAGUCUCUAAGCCUUACUUGGACACGCAAGCAAUUCACUUUGAAAUCCCAUCAUGGUAUGGUUCUGUUGUUCCUUUGAUUUAUUAAUUAUUUUUUAGAUGCAUUAUAUGUUGAGAAAUGUCACCGAGGUUGACACCGUUGGAGACCGAAGUCCUCUAGUCAUCAAGAAGAGAAGGACACCUUCCCCUUCCUCCUCUCCUUAGACCCCUUCCUUGCCCCAAAGGGGCAGUUCUGAAGGAGAGGAUUAAGUUUCAUGUGGGCCACCUGCCAGCAGCAAGAUGCUGAGAUGAGGGGGCCUGCAGUUCCUGGGACCUGGACUGACCUUGCCAAGACAUCGUGGGAUCAAGAUCUGCCUCCCACUGGCCUGGCUGUGUCUGGCUAUCUCAGCUACAGGAGGAAGCUUCUAGAUCCAGUUACCAAAGCCCUGCACCACUCAAUCACCUGUGUGGUCUGGUUGUGUUUGCCCCUCUCUGCACACCGUGGAAGCCAAGCAUUUUGAAUGUUGUAAUAAGAGAGGGGACACAGUUGGUUUGUAACGUGUUUUCAGAGCCAUGAUAUAAGUAGCCUUAUUUUUAAUGGUCAUGCAUACACUUAAUUGUACAUAUGGAGGGGGAAUAAACCAUGAAGCUGGGA